GCCAACACAUCCUGUUUUCGUUGGCCGCGCUCCGGGGGCCGCUGCCACUGUGGCUGCUGCCGCUUGUUAGUGCUGCUCCUCGCCCGGCGAGUCGAGGGCAGCGCGGCCUCCUACGUUGUGCGGUACUUGUGCGCGUGGUCCCGAAGGGCGCCGCUUUCCCGCGGCCGGCGGCAUGGGCCGGGAGUCUCGCCACUAUCGGAAACGGUCAGCAUCACGGGGACGCUCUGGAAGUCGAUCUAGGAGUCGCUCACCCUCAGACAAAAGGAGCAAACGUGGCGAUGACAGGCGGUCUAGAAGCAGAGACAGAGACAGAAGGAGAGAGAGGUCUCGGAGCAGGGAUAAAAGACGAUCUCGGUCCAGAGACAGGAAGCGUCUGAGGCGUUCCAGAAGUAGAGAGAGAGACCGAAGUCGGGAUCGAAGAAGAUCUCGAAGUCGAGACAGGAGACGAUCACGGAGUAGAAGCCGAGGCCGGAGAUCCCGAUCUUCUAGUCCUGGCAAUAAAAGCAAGAAAGCUGAGAAUAGGUCUAGAUCCAAAGAGAAAACAGACAGUGGAGAAAGUUCUAAAGAGAAGAAAAAAGACAAAGAUGACAAGGAGGAUGAGAAAGAAAAGGAUGCUGGCAACUUUGACCAGAAUAAGCUGGAAGAGGAAAUGAGAAAGCGAAAAGAAAGGGUAGAAAAAUGGCGAGAAGAGCAACGUAAAAAGGCCAUGGAAAACAUAGGGGAACUGAAAAAGGAAAUCGAAGAGAUGAAACAAGGGAAAAAAUGGAGUUUAGAAGACGAUGAUGAUGAUGAAGAUGAUCCUGCAGAGGCUGAAAAGGAAGGAAAUGAAGUGGAGGGUGAAGAGUUAGAUCCGUUAGAUGCUUACAUGGAAGAAGUGAAAGAGGAAGUAAAAAAGUUUAAUAUGAGAAGUGUGAAAGGUGGUGGGGGAAAUGAAAAGUCUGGGCCAACAGUCACAAAAGUUGUCACUGUUGUGACAACUAAAAAAGCAGUCGUAGAUUCUGAUAAGAAGAAAGGUGAGCUGAUGGAGAAUGACCAGGAUGCCAUGGAGUAUUCUUCAGAGGAGGAGGAAGUUGAUCUUCAGACGGCCCUGACAGGUUAUCAGACAAAGCAGAGAAAGCUUCUAGAACCAGUCGAUCAUGGAAAAAUUGAAUAUGAACCAUUCAGAAAAAAUUUUUAUGUUGAAGUUCCAGAACUGGCAAAAAUGUCUCAAGAGGAGGUGAAUGUAUUUCGGUUGGAAAUGGAAGGCAUUACUGUCAAAGGAAAAGGUUGCCCCAAACCAAUUAAAUCUUGGGUUCAGUGUGGGAUUUCCAUGAAAAUCUUAAAUUCUCUCAAAAAGCAUGGUUAUGAAAAGCCCACGCCAAUCCAGACCCAGGCGAUUCCUGCUAUAAUGUCUGGACGAGAUUUGAUUGGUAUUGCCAAGACAGGAAGUGGAAAGACCAUUGCCUUUCUGUUGCCCAUGUUUAGACACAUCAUGGAUCAGAGGUCUUUAGAAGAAGGCGAGGGACCAAUAGCUGUCAUCAUGACUCCAACUCGAGAACUGGCUUUGCAAAUUACUAAAGAAUGUAAGAAAUUUUCGAAGACCUUGGGCCUUAGAGUGGUCUGUGUUUAUGGAGGAACAGGAAUCAGUGAGCAGAUUGCUGAGCUGAAAAGAGGUGCUGAAAUUAUUGUUUGCACACCUGGUCGAAUGAUUGACAUGUUAGCAGCUAACAGUGGUCGGGUUACAAAUCUUCGAAGAGUGACAUAUGUUGUUUUAGAUGAAGCAGACAGAAUGUUUGACAUGGGUUUUGAACCACAGGUCAUGCGCAUUGUGGACAAUGUUCGUCCUGAUCGACAGACAGUUAUGUUUUCAGCUACUUUCCCCAGAGCUAUGGAAGCCUUGGCUCGCAGGAUCCUGAGUAAACCCAUUGAAGUGCAGGUUGGAGGCAGAAGCGUGGUUUGCUCAGAUGUGGAGCAGCAAGUGAUUGUGAUUGAAGAGGAAAAGAAAUUCUUGAAGCUGCUUGAGCUUCUAGGCCAUUAUCAAGAAUCAGGAUCUGUCAUCAUAUUUGUGGAUAAGCAGGAACAUGCUGAUGGUCUUCUGAAAGAUUUAAUGAGAGCUUCUUACCCUUGCAUGUCUCUUCAUGGAGGCAUUGAUCAAUAUGACAGAGAUAGCAUCAUAAAUGAUUUUAAGAAUGGGACCUGCAAACUUCUUGUGGCUACAUCUGUUGCUGCCCGAGGCCUGGAUGUGAAACAUCUGAUUCUUGUGGUAAAUUAUAGCUGCCCCAACCAUUAUGAGGAUUAUGUGCACAGAGCAGGACGGACUGGAAGAGCAGGCAACAAGGGUUAUGCAUAUACCUUUAUCACAGAAGAUCAAGCUCGGUAUGCCGGUGACAUAAUUAAAGCCCUUGAAUUGUCAGGGACUGCAGUGCCUCCUGAUCUCGAGAAACUCUGGAGUGAUUUCAAAGAUCAACAGAAAGCUGAAGGGAAAAUAAUUAAAAAGAGUAGUGGGUUCUCUGGUAAGGGAUUCAAGUUUGAUGAAACAGAACAAGCUUUGGCUAAUGAGAGAAAGAAGUUACAAAAAGCUGCUCUUGGAUUGCAAGAUUCAGAUGAUGAGGAUGCUGCAGUUGAUAUUGAUGAGCAAAUUGAAAGCAUGUUUAAUUCCAAGAAGAGAGUGAAGGAUAUGGCUGCUCCUGGAACAUCUAGUGUUCCUGCUCCAACUGCAGGAAACGCUGAGAAGUUGGAAAUUGCAAAGAGAUUGGCUCUUAGAAUCAAUGCUCAGAAGAAUUUGGGCAUUGAGUCUCAGGUAGAUGUGAUGCAACAGGCCACCAAUGCAAUUCUCAGAGGUGGCACCAUCCUGGCUCCCACUGUAUCUGCAAAAACCAUUGCAGAGCAACUUGCUGAAAAGAUCAAUGCCAAGCUCAAUUAUGUGCCUUUGGAGAAACAAGAGGAGGAAAGACAAGAUGGUGGACAGAAUGAAUCUUUUAAGAGAUAUGAAGAAGAAUUAGAGAUUAAUGACUUCCCACAGACUGCUAGGUGGAAAGUUACUUCUAAGGAAGCUCUGCAGAGAAUCAGUGAAUAUUCUGAAGCCGCAAUUACAAUCAGAGGAACAUACUUCCCCCCUGGCAAAGAACCCAAGGAAGGAGAGCGGAAAAUUUACUUGGCAAUUGAAAGUGCCAAUGAACUGGCUGUGCAGAAAGCAAAGGCAGAAAUCACCAGGCUCAUAAAAGAAGAACUGAUCCGGCUGCAAAAUUCAUACCAACCAACCAACAAAGGAAGAUACAAAGUCUUAUAAAACACAUGGAAGAAACUUUUUACUUGUGCUGUUCUGUGAUACACGUGGCAAUUGUUGUCUGCAGUUUACAAUGUAUUUUAAAUUAAGAUUUUUAAUUCUGUCUUGCUGAUUUUUUUUAAAAUACAAGAAACCAGUAUUUGCUAAAGAAAUCUUUCAGUAAGUACUGCCAGAGUUAUCAAACUACAUGUAAAAUAGACCUGUUUUCAUAGUACAGUAUCCUUUAAUGUAAAGCUGAAAUAUCAGUAUUUUAAAUAUCUGGAUAAUAUGCCAGAAGUUUAAGAAAACUGAAAUAUUUGGACUUUCCAUUGAAGGUAAAGUAUACAAGUUGCUAAGAGGCUAUUCACCUUUUCUUCUUGCAAUGAAAUUGCGAUCAUCUCCUCAGAACAGGUAAAAUUCUAUAAUUUUGUGUCCCUACCUUGAGCUUAAAUCUUACUCAACUCAGUGGAACAGUAUGAACUGGAUUUAAGAAUAUUACAAUAGAAUUUUUACAAAAUGGGUUCAGUGUUUUUGUUUCAGUUUUUAUCAUCCUAUAUGGGCCUUCGCUGGACUGCUUUUUGGUUUUGUAAAAGUGAAGACUUGUAGUAUAAGAAUUUUUUGCAUUUCUUUAUACCAGUGAGAGUUUUAAUAUUUACUUCUUUUAGGUUCCCCUCACAACCUCUGGCUCCGUGCCUAGCUACUAACUCUUUUCUAAUCGUCCUUACAAGAAAGUGAUUUGUAGCCUGUAAAUAUUAAGACGAUUGCUCUUCUCCUGAAAGUGUGUUUAUACACCUGUACAUACAAACACCCUACCAGUCUGAUUUUUCUUCAGGAUUAUGAGUAGGUUCUGAAUUUUCUUUCUUAAAAGUUUUCAAGCAUAAUGGUACCCACAUUUUAGACUUUGACUUUAAGCAUUUCUCAGUGAAAUUUAGUUCACAAAGAAUCUUAAAUUAUGUCUUUGAGUCUUUAGAUACAUUUCCUGAAUAUUUUAAUUUAAAAUUGUUAGAAUUGGAUCACCUAAUAUUCUUUUCAAGACUCCUGGUGUAUUAGAACUUCAUAUUGUUGUCACUCCUUGAAAAAAAUAAAACUCUCAGGAAUUAAAUAGAUGUAUUUCUUAAAUUAAAUGAUAAAGAAUUUCCUUUGAGUAUUCUUUUUUUGUUUUGUUUUGUCUUUUUAGGGCUGCACCCGCUGCACAUGGAAGUUCCCAGGCUAGGGGUUGAUGGAGCUACAGCAGCCGGUCUACACCACAGCCACAGCAACACCAGAUCCUUAACCUACUGAGCAAGGCCAGGGAUCGAACCUGUGUCCUCAUAGAUCCCAGUCAGGUUCGUUAAACCACUGAGCCACAACAGGAACUCCUUUUGAGUAUUCUUGAUUUGGAGUUUUUAAAAAAGAAAAAUACCAAAGCAUACUUUAAUAGUACACUAGGUGGUUAAAGUGACAAGGAGUAUGACUCUUUAUUUCUUCAAUAUAAAGUUAUCCUUGCUGAAAAGCUAGAGGUGUAACUGGGAAAUGUUCUUGGCCCCUUGCAUAUCCACUCUGUUUCUUAGAGGAAGAAAACAGGCAAAACACAGGUAACAAUAGAGCCAGAUAAACUAUUUAAAAUGUCCAGCAUCUUUGGCUCCUUUUUCCUCCCAUUUUAUUUGUUUAUUUUUAUUACCCAGUGAUAGUUUGUUUUCUUUGGUAGAAUAUGUGGCAGUCCCACUUUAGUGACACUUGGUGCUCCCUUCAGUCUGCUGGAUCACUUUGAGAUUCAGAGUUUUACAUUAUUUUAGCACUCCUGCUCUUUUUUUGUUGUUGUUUGUUUCUGUUUUUCUCUUGGCCAAGCUUGGAGCAUAUGAAAGUACCAGGCCUGGGAUUGAACCUGAGCCACAGCAGUGACAGCAGUGGAUCCUUAACACUGCUAAGCCACCAGGGAACUCCACUUUACUACCUUUGUGUGCAUAUAUCUAGUUGUCAUAAGCCACUGAUAGUAUUUUGUUCUAAAAUGAGGGAGUUCAGGAGCUCCCCUCGUGGCUCAGUGGUAACAAACCCGACUAGUGUUCAUGAGGACACAGGUUCAAUCUUUGGCCUUGCUCACUGGGUUAAGGAUCUGGCAUUGUGGUGAGCUGUGGUGUAGGUCACAGAUGCAGCUGGAAUCUCACGUUGCUGUGGUAUAGGGCAGCAGCUGCAGCUUCAAUUUGACCCCUAGCCUGGGAACUUCCAUAUGCCAUAGGUGAGGCCCUAAAAUGCAACAACAACAAAAAAGAAAAGAAAAGAAAAAAAAGAAACACAUAAACAUCUCUGUUAUUACAUUUUUUUUUUUAGUGUCACACUCACUCUUGUUUUGUUUUUUUUUUUUUUUUUUUUUUUUUUUGUCUUUUCUAGUGCUGUGCCCACAGCAUAUGGAGGUUUCUAGGCUAGGGAUCUAAUCGGAGCUGUAGCCACCAGCCUACAGCAAUGCUGGAUCUGAGCUGUGUUUUCGACCUACACCACAGCUCAGGGCAACACCGGAUCCUUAACCCACCGGAUCAAACCCGAAACCUCAUGGUUCCUAGUCGGAUUCAUUAACCACAGAGCCAGGACAGGAACUCCGACUCUUUGAUUUUUAAAAUUUGGAUGAUGUAUAAUUUGUGUUUGAUGCACUAUCAGUAUUUCCUCAUGUCUUCUAAAUUCCUUAUCAAAUAAAGUUAAUUUAGUCCACAUUUUCCUAAAAUUA